AUCAUAUUCAAAUCCGUAUUUAAUACUUAGGAACAGUUUGGACUCAUUACUAAGAAAUUCGUACUAGAAAGUAACAAGACAUUUGGAGUUAUUAAAACAGCAAGAAUAUACGAAGAAGUUUCAAUAUAAAUAUCUAAGUAUUGAAGUGUCUGCCGGGCAAACUGUUGCUAAGUAAAACCAUAAUUAGUAUUGUAUCGGGCCGGUAUUUGAGCCAAGUAUGCAGAAUUUUCUUCACGUACCGACCCACAAACCUAUAAAACUGGUAACUACACCGUGCUCGGAGAAUGAACAUACUCGUAUUUAUUUCAUGCCACGCGAAUUUUUCACAGCAAAUGCGAAUUGGCGAUGCUAAGUAUAUUUAAAUACAAGUGACCUCUGAAUUUAGUGGUUCUUAUGUACCUAUGCUAGACAUAUUAUGUAGGAAUAUUGACGAUUACUGAAAAAAACAUUAGGUAAAUUCUAAUAUACUUGCAGUGAGUAGACUAUAAUAAACAUUUAAAGUUUUUUUGUAGUUAAGCAGCUAUAAUGUUUUCUGAUAACUUUAAAACAUCUUUUCUAUCUUAGAUGGUUGACGCUAAGCGCUGACAUAGCCCACCUUUAUAAUGACCAUAACGCGAAGGGCUGGCAACAUCUCAAUAGUGUCAAAAGCUUCUCGAAUCAGUACAGAAAUGACCCUGGACAUUCUAACACCACUUAAAACAGAAGGCUAAGAAUUACGUUAUCAGACAACCUAGACUUUUUUAGUCUAAAAUCAACAAUUCCAAUUCACGAAUUGAUUUACGUUCAGGAGGACUCAUGAAAUUCUUGUCUGUUAUCUACAUAUUUAACGCGAAUGUGGCGAUCAAAAAUAGAACGUUUUUCAUGAAUUUAGUUAACCUCAGGAUAUUGUAGAAAUAUUCCAAGGUCGACACAAAAAAAUCCUAAAGUUUAGAUUUUUACUUAUUCAUCUGAAUUACAAAGUCCCACUAUAUUAUUAUCUGAUGCGAACACAAAUCAAGAUGUGCAACUAUCAGACUUCUUUUAAAUGAUAUCGAAACAAUUGAAGGUCAAAUAUUUCAUUCUUUAAUAAAUGAUGGAUAUAUAAGAAUCUACGUAUAGACUAAGUAUAAACAGCGUUGUUUUUGACAGAGAGUAUGGUUGUAAUUGCACAGCUACGUGACACAUUGUACACAGCUGCACUGGAUGCACAAUCAAAAGCGUGUUGGAGCAACUGGCUCGUUGUUACCGAGAUCGUCUGAUGUUUCAGAAACAUGGACACGCUGACCCAUCUGUUGAAGGCGUCCCUCGGCACCGGUAUCCUCGCCAUGCCCAAGGCCUUCAAGCGCGCUGGUCUUGUCUUCGGUGUAUUGUUCACCAUCCUCGUAGCCGUCGUUUGCACUCACUGCAGUUACGUACUUAUUAAAUGCGCGCAUGUGCUUUACUAUAGAACUAGGAAAAGCCAGAUGACAUUUCCUGAAGUUGGCAAAGCGGCUUUGGAGACUGGUCCUGUAUCAGUUCAGAAAUUCGGCAAUACUUUCAGAUCCUUUAUCCUGAUAAGUCUUUUCAUAACAUACUUCGGCGUCUGCUCAGUGUAUUCAGUUAUCGUAGCCAAAAACAUUCUUCAGGUUGUGGUAUAUUACAUGGGCAUAGAUGAAGAAACGGUUGAGCUUAGAAUAUUCAUCCUUGCCCUCGUGGUGCCGCUUAUAAUAAUGGCUUGGGUCCCCAACCUCAAGUACUUAGCUCCAGUUUCAAUGAUUGCUAACGGCUUCAUGGGCCUCGGUCUAGGAAUCACCAUGUACUACCUGGUGGGUACCGGAGAGUUAAAGACGAAAGAGGUUAAGUCAAUGCUCUUCAAACCGCCGCCAGAAUGGCCUGAAUGCUUUUCGCUGGUUAUCUUUGCCAUGCAAGCUAUAGGGGUCGUAAUGCCUCUAGAAAAUUCCAUGAAGACGCCUCGUGCGCUGCUAGGAAUAUGUGGGGUUUUGAACAAAGGCAUGAGCUUUGUUUGCGUAGUGUACAUUAUCCUCGGUUUUGUUGGUUACCUUCGCUUCGGAGAGGACGUUUUUGACUCUAUCACUUUGAACUUGGCACAAGAUAAGGUUCCUGCCCAAAUCGUCAAGGUCGCCAUUGCCAUCGCCGUGUACUGCACAUUCGGACUGCAGUUCUUUGUGUGCAUCGAAAUCAUGUGGAAUGGCAUUAAACACAAGUACACCAAGCGACCUCUUUUUGCUAACUACAUCAUGAGAACUCUCUUGGUACUCGCCUGCGUGGGUCUCGCCGUCGCCGUGCCCACCAUCGGGCCCUUCAUGGGUGUCAUUGGCGCUUUCUGCUUUUCCAUCCUCGGACUCAUCGCGCCUGCCUUUAUUGAAAUCUCCACAUAUUGGACCAUUGGUUUCGGACCUGCAAAAUACCUGAUCUGGAAGAAUAUUUUAGUACUAUUGUUUGGCACUUUUGCUCUAAUAUUUGGUACCAAACAAGCCGUAACGGAUAUUUUGCAAGUAUAUACCACGUAAAUUCGGGCUCGCAUUCAGCGCAGCUUAUAUGAUUCUGGUCAUGUGACAGAUAUUAGGGUAGAGGGUACACUGGGUAAGGUUGUAAGGAUUUGGCUUUUACUGUUUAUAAUUUUGUUAUAUAUACACCAAGCUUUAUAUGAAAUUUAUAUAAAUGA